AUGCUGGGCAUUCAAUGGUACUCGAACCCCGUGACGGGCUCCUUCGAGAGCGCCGACUUCGUGGUCCGCAACUUUGAGACGUCGCGAAGCUACUUGAAACACGGAUACGCGCACACACUGUUCACGUCGACGCUGUACUCGCCCGACGCUCGCUCGGCGCUGCUGAAUGUCUUGUGGCUCGGCAUCUCGGGGCGUCACGUGUGUCGCGCGGUGGGCAGCGCGCGGUUCCUUGCGCUGUUUGUCGGCGCGGGGGCACUCGCCAAUGCGGUCACGCUGGCGACGAGGGCCAACGAGGUCAAGCUCACAAUGCUGUCGAUGGCCCAGUCGCCCGGAGGCUCGUCCUGUGCUGUGGACUGCAUCGUGACGCUGAACGCGCUGCUGUACCCGCCGUCGAGAGUGGCUCUGUCGCGGCAAUGGAUACGCUGGCCGCUGUGGCUCUUUAGCGCCUUGUUCCUUACUCGGGAUGAGGGCCUGCAACCAGCGUGGGUGCAGGCGUGUGCACCCCGUAAAGGCCACGUGACGGGCGUGUUGUUUGGAAUGGGGGCGUUCUUGGCGUUGAGACGCUGA